GCAAGUCGCAAAUAUUGUAAUCGGAAAUAUUUAAUAGUUUUUUUUUGUAAAAGCAGUUCACAUAUUACUAAUUCAAAAUAUUGAAGAGAAUUAAAUCAGAAUGGAUGAAAAAUUUGUGUUGAAAGCCAGGAAGGAAUUAAGAGAAGAUGAAAGUAGAAAGAAACAGGCUUUAGAACACUUUCGUGAAUGGAUUAAGAAGCAUCCAUACAUAAAGCAAAUAAGACAAGAUGAUAUCUUCCUUCUGCAAUUUCUACGUACAAAAAAAUAUUCAAUGGAUUUAGCUUUUCAAUCAUUUGAAAAUUACAACCUGGCACAGAAAAAAUAUGCAAAAUGGUUUGACAUAGUAGAAAAAGAUUUUGAUAAAAUGAUGGAUCUCUACCAAAAUGGUUACAUUUAUCCAUUGCGGGAUCGUGACGAAGAAGGCAGGAAAGUAAUUUUUAUACAGUUAAGUAAACUUGAUCCAGAACGAUUCACAUCUGCUGAUGCAAUCAGACUAUCGGCCGUAGUAUCAACAGCAUUAUUGGAAGAAGAAGAAACUCAAAUUGCUGGUACAGCAACGAUUAUAGAUCAUGAAGGAAUGACAAUGAAGCAAACCAGCAUGUUUUCAGUUACUGAUGUUAUUGACUUUGCUGAUUGCAUUAAAAGUUCUGUUGGACGACAUAAGAAACUUUACGUUGUCAAUCUCCCACCAUUUGCAUUAUUUUUAUUAGAAGCAGCACGGUCUAGGUUGAAUGAUAAAUUAAAGAAACGCAUUACAAUUGCUAGAGACAUGGAUGAUUUAAAAAGUCAUUUUGAUCCAUUACUAUUGCCUAAAGAGUACGGAGGACAGUAUUCAGAAGAAGAGCAUAAGGAAUAUUUUGAAAAAUAUUUUAAAACCGUUCGUCCAAAAUUAGAAGAAAUUAAAGCUCGAGUAGUUGAUUGGAAUAAAGUCCCUGGAAUGAAGAAGUCAUCUGAGAGUGUUGGAAGUUUUAGAAAAUUGGAAAUUGAUUAAUUCAGAGAGUUCACGUGGGCCUUAAUAAAUUAUUAUUUUGAGUUAUUAAUGAGUAGUUUAAAAAAGCUUUAAAUUGUGAUGAAAACUUUGGUUUAAAAAUAUUAUUUUUUUUGUAGAAAUGCGAUCAGUUAUUGCCUUUUACAUGUCACUUGUUAUUUUGUCAGUCACAGAUCUGUCAACACAAUUUUCACUUGCUUUGCACUUCUACGCAUUCUUUGAGAUUUUUAAAAUUUCCUGCUUCAAAAUGAAUUAUAUGUUUUAUUAAUAUUGAUUCAUUUUUAAUAUUAAAUGCUUUUAAGUAUUUAAACUAAGUUUAUAUUUUUCCUGUUAAUCUGUUGUUCAUUAUUUUAAUUCGAUUUUCCAUUUAAUAAUACUCCAGAAGCAAGCAUAAUUGUUAAUACCCUAAUUGUCUAAACGUCUUUUAAAACUAAUUUUUUUAAAACUCAAAUAGGUAAAUUGAAAAAAUGUUCUUUAUUUUUAGAAUAUGUAUAAAAAAAUCCUGAAUAAAAAUUA